CGCUGGCUACGAAGAAUAUCACAACAACCAACCAAACAGACCUAAAGCUAGUCAGUCAGUCAGUUCUCCCCCAUCACAGUGUGAUCAGGUGGGGGCGUAUAUAUAUCCGUGCCAUCAAAACUGCACCGCCCACAUUCGGCGCUGACAAUAGACAUCGUCUGCUGCUGAUUUUGUUGUGUUGCUGCGAGGAUCUUGUACCCAUCGCAACCACUCCUCAACGACCUGCCCGAACCACGACCCGCCGUGUCACCGCCUUUUUCUAUCUUUUAUUUAUUUACUUAUAUAAUUCUGUAGCAGCAGUAGAUACAAGAGGAAGAAGAAGAGGCCGAGACAACAAGUAAUCCAUUUUGGCUUUCUUGGUCUGUUGUUUUGUUUUCCAAGACAAAUUUCAUCCUUUAGGGGACCAAGCAAAAGCAUCAUCAUCUCAUCCCUCUCUAAAAUCCCUCCAUCUAAAAAAAACGUAAUCACCAACCUUUACCACCUUUGAUCCAUUGCCUUUACCUUUCUUGGCCUCUUCUUUUUCUCUUUAUUCCCUGCCUAGUUGCUGCUGCUACCACUCCUCUCCUACUGCUUUGCGAGCAGCGAGCAUUUUGUUGCUUACACUCGGCUCACACACGGCACUGCCAUUGCACCACCAAGAAGGAACCCGGCCGUAGGCAGGUAGCAACACGCCAAGAGCAUGAGGGAGUUUUCCUACCAGGAGAUCGAGGCGGCGACCGGCGGCUUCGCGGCCAAGAACGUCGUCGGCAAGGGCAGCCACGGCUGCGUCUACAGGGCCAGGCUCAGGGGCGGCACAGGCCACGGCAGGAGGCUCGUCACCGUCGCUGUCAAGAAGGCCUCGCACCCUCAGGGGGAGGCCAAGCUCGCCAACGAGAUCGCCGUGCUCGCGGCCGCGCGCCACCACCCGGGCGUCGUCAACCUCGUCGGCGCAGCGCCGGGGCAGCCGCCGCUUCUCGUCAUGGAGUUCAUGCCCAACGGCUCGCUGCACGACCUGCUGCACCGGUCCCCGAGGCCGCCGCCGUGGCCGCGCCGCGUGGAGAUCGCGCUCGACGUCGCGCGGGCCAUGCGCGCGCUUCACGGCGCCGCGCCCCGCGUCAUCCACCGGGACGUCAAGACGGCCAACGUCCUGCUCGGCCGCGACGGCCGCGCCCGCCUCGCCGACUUCAGCCUCGCGGUCAGGGUCGCUGCCGCGGGCGCGCCGAGGCCGGCACCGGCUGGCACGAUGGGGUACCUGGACCCGAGCUACACGGAGCCCGGCCGGCUGGGGCCCGAGAGCGACGUGUUCAGCUUCGGCGUGGUGCUCCUGGAGCUCAUCAGCGGGCGCAAGGUGAUGGACGUGAACGCCUCCCCGUCGUCCAUCGUCGCGUGGGCGCUGCCGCUGAUCGGCGCCGGCCUGGCGCGCCAGGUGUUCGACGGGAGGGUGGCCGCGCCCAGUCCCGGCACUGACGCCGAGGCGGCGAUCGCCAGGGUCCUGUCGGUCGCCGCGCGAUGCGUGUCGGAGACCGUGGAGCGCCGGCCAGCGAUGGCGGAGGUGGCGUCGGAGCUGCGCGGCGCCCUGGAGAGCGGCGGGUGGCACCGGCGCGGGAGGCACGUGGUGGAAAGGGUGUGCAGGCGCGUCGUGUUGUGGGGGGUACAACUGCGCGUGAAGACGACGCGGAGGAGCAAGGUCGAGUGCACCGAGCUGUCUGGGUCGUCGGAGGGGGGCGGCGCACCGAGCCGCGCGGACUCGUGCCCUCGGUCCAACACCAUACGACUCACAUAGGCUGACCAAGCAAAGCCCAAUGCUUAGGUGCCCGUCCAAUGAUGGGAACGUGCCAGAACUGGGUUGUUUGGCGUGAUCAGUUUACUGGGAUUGCUGUCGUUAUUCCCGGAGUAGUUCAUCUACUGGAUUAAUUAAUGUAGUAUGACUGUUUGAUUGAGCAUGUUCAUACGCAAUGUCUUGGAAUUUGCUGACGAGAUAACUUGUAAGGAGAAUCUACCCACAUGUUUCAUGUUUGAA